CUGCAGAAUUGAAUGGCGAGCCGAAGCAUCGACAAGAAAUUAUCGACCAUCGCGCUCAACCAAGCCAUCUGCCAGCCACCACGGGGCAGAGCAACCACAUAAGCAAUGGCAGGCGCAGGGAGCACAACAUCUUCACUCACUUCGACCUCACAUACCCUCACCCACGCCCCAAUGGCGUCGGCUUCGAGCGACAUGCCACCCCCGCCCGAGGGCCUGGCCGCCCUCCUGAGCUCCAUGCAGGUCGCCAACCGCCACCAGUUUAUGCGGCCCCCGCGCACGACUCCGACCGCCUCCCUGUACCUCGCAAAGGACACCCUGGACGCCUUCGCCGGCCAGGUCAGCGACGAACAGCAGGCCCGCCUGCGCGAUGCCAACAGGAAGCGCAAGCGCGGCGGCGGCGACCUCGACCGCGCCGAUGUGCUCAAGGUCCGCAAGCUGCACGUCGACGGCUUCGAGACGAGCCAGGUCUGGCAGCAGGCCAAAAGGAUCAUCAACUCGACCCUGUCCGAGUCGCUGGCCGCCUUGGAGGAGCUACAGGAGGACGGCGAGGUUCUGGACGGCGAGCAAAAUGGCAACGCCAAGAUGCUCGAGUUUGGUAAGGAUGGUUUCGAGGUUGGAUCCGACGGCGACUCGGAAGAUGACUCGGACGCCUCUCGCUCCUCACCAUCCGACGCCGAAUCUAGAGAUGAGGAGGACGUUUCCGCCGAGCUCUCGGACGAGGAGGGCGUUGAUGUGUCAGAUGACGACGAGGAUGCAUUGGAGGGGGAUGAAGAGCAGGAGGAGGGCGAGCGGGACGGCGAGGAGGAAGGCUCGGACGCUGAUUCAGAUGCUGGGCAAUACAUUGAAGACCCGAAUGGUCUCAACGACGGUUUCUUCAACAUUGACGAGUUCAACAAGCAAACACAAUGGUUCGAGGACCAGGACGCCAAGGCCGACCCGAACACGGAUGUUGUUAGUGAAGAUGAAGACCUUGAUUGGCACACCGACCCCAUGGCCCCCUCAAAAACCAAGUCCAAGUCUACGCCAUCAUCGUCGAAACGACCUAACAAGGAAGAGAUCACGUCUGAUUUGGAAAACGACGAAGAGGAUGAUGACGACGAAGAGGAUGAUGACGACGAAGAGGGGGGUCCAACUUUUGGGGACAUGGACCUGGACGCACCGGAGGGUGCGAGCGACGACGAGUUUGGCGGCGAUAUAGAAGGCGAUCUCGAGGGUGGAAUGGAUCUGACGGCGGACGACAUAUUCUUCAAGGACUUCUUCGCCCGACCGCCUAGAAAGGCUCAAAAAGGAGACAACAAGCGUAACAGGGACUACCGGCCGAAGCAACCCAAGGAGUACGACGUUGAGGCCGCCAUGGAGGGCGUCAAGCGGGAUCUGUUCGAUGACAUGUCGGAGGGUUCGGGCUCCGAAGGUGCGCUUUCUGAUGUGGAGGCUGGCGACCCCAAGGCGCGGAGAUCGGCACACGAGAGGCGGCAGGCCAAAAUCACCGAGGAGAUCCGCAAGCUUGAGGCAGCCAUGGUGAAGCCAAAGGAGUGGACGCUCUCAGGAGAGGCGGCGGCUCCCGAUCGGCCGGUGAACUCGCUGCUGGAAGAAGACCUAGAGUUCGAGCAUGCCGGCAAGCCCGUGCCCGUCAUCACGGAGGAUGUCAGCGAGAGCAUCGAGCAGAUGAUCAAGCGCCGCAUCAUUGCCCAGGAGUUCGACGAGGUCAUCCGCCGCGUCCCAGGCUCCGAGCUGCCGGUCAACACGCGCAGGGGUCUGGUUGAGGUGGACGACACCAAGGCCAAGCAGGGUCUCGCCGAGAUGUACGAGGAGGAGUACGUCAAAAACGCAAACCCGGACAGCUACGUCAGCCAGUCGGACGAGAAGCUGCGGCGGGAGGAGAAGGAGGUGGAGCAGAUGUGGCGCGACAUCAGCGCACAGCUCGACGCCCUCAGCAGCUGGCACUACAAGCCGCGGCCCGCCGAGCCCUCGCUCACCGUCGUGGCCGACGUCGCCACCGUCGCCAUGGAGGACGCGCAGCCCACGACGGCGCAGGGCGUCUCAGGCGGCGCCAGCACGCUCGCCCCGCAGGAGGUCUACCGCGCCGGCAAGGCUACGGCGGGCGAGGGCGAGGUCGUGCCCAAGAGCGGUCUGCCCGUCGCGCGCCAGGAGCUCAGCCGCGAGGACAAGGUGCGCCGGCGCAGGCGCGAGAAGGAGCGCAUCCGCAAGGCCGGCGGCGGCGCCGACGCCGCCAGGGGCAAGGCGCCGCCCGGCAAGAAGGCCCAGGAGCGCAAGGAGACCAUGGCGGACCUGCGCAAGGGCGGCGUCAUGGUCAUCAAUCGCCAGGGCGAGAUCAUGGACGUGGACGGGAAUAAGCCCAAGGCCGCCUCCACCAUGUCGAGUGGCGCCUUGAAGCUUUGAGGAUGUAUGUUAGUUUACAAUUUUGCUGCUUAUAUAUCAAUCGAGAAUGUAACACCAAUCUCCUAACGCUUUCCAAUGCGGUGUUAUCUCCAAGCUUCUCGACUCAUUCCUGACUCCCUUCCUGCACAAGCUUCAUGGGUCGCAUUCCGAUACCUCCCAGCUCUCAAAUCCGGUCCAUUGUCUUUCAUUUCGUCUAUCAUGUCUCUGUUCCUAAUCUAAACUUGCGAUUCGGCAUCCAGAUAAUCAUAAGGUAGUAAAGAUUCGCCCAGUAUCAACGGUAUCAAGGAAUCGUCUGAGCGUGAGAAGAAUUGAAUCAAAUUCACGGCACCCCAUAUUAAAAGGUAUCCGCGCAAAAACAGAACUGCCCAGCCGAUUGGCAAGACGAGCAUCCCAUAUUAACGGGAACCCAUGUCGAUAUGUCCACCUCUGCGGGAAAGUCUUCGGGUUGGCCAGAGUUCUGAAAUUCGAGUGUUGCAGGCGCUGGUGUGGCGUCCUCAUGGGUUGUUAUCCUUGGCCCUGCAUGAGCUCCGGCAACCGGGAAUGAGAUGGUGUGUUGGACGUGACGGAGCCCCGGGCCUUCCACAGUGCCCCGGUGGCCAAAACCAGACGCGGCCAUGGAUCUGUAUGGGCGCAACGGGACAUGAUGGGAAGAGGGCUGCGGCGGGGCAGUGUCUGGAGGUGGAAUGGGACCGCGGUAGCCUCCUCUACCCCCUUCACCCUCGGAGGCGACCCUCUGGGUCCUGGGUCGGCGCAUGACUGCUGGGUCUAGGGCAAACUCGGACCUUUCCCGGAGCCGAUCCGUCAUGAAGGCGAUGAAGAAUGCCGCUGUGGCCUCGCUAACCUCGUUAGGGAGUGCCGGGAUGCUCUCCUCGAGAGCCUGGGCCAGCCCAGCUUGUUCUUGUCGCAACACGUCUUCGAUUUCGAAUAGUUCAUAGCACGUUGCUGGCUCCCAGCCUUGAAAGAAAUGCGCGAACGGUCAGUCUUGCCACGUGUGGGCACGGAAUCUCAGCAGAAUACCACAACGAAGUGUUGCC